CCUGGUUGAAUACCAGAACCUGCGAACGGAGACUUCUUGGCACACAGCAUGACAGAAACAGAAGCCAAGACUCCGGUCGAGUCGCAGGACGACGACAAACACGAACCAAGUGAAAACACUCCCGAUAGUGAGGGGCCACAGCUCAAACACGGGAAAUGGCGUUAUGUCAUGGUCAUAGCGGCUGGUUUCCUAGCGAUGUUCACCACCUGCGCGCUCAUUUUCACUUUCGGGGUAUGGCAAUCACUUUAUGAAGAAAUGGCCACGCAACCAAAUACGCCAUUUACCGGGACUUCUACCGCACUCAUCAACUUGAUUGGUACGUUAGCAAUUGCAUUGAUGUCAAUGGGCGGCCCAUUUACCAUGGUCUGGACCAAGUUGUACUCCCCGCAAGUGGUCAUCAUCGUUGGAGGAUGGGUGUUCGGGAUCGCAUUCAUUCUCGCCAGUUUCAGCAAACAGCUGUGGCAUUUUACUCUGACCCAGGGUGUUCUACUGGGGGUAGGUACUAGUAUGACCUACGUACCAACGAUGGCUGUCGCACCGACAUGGUUCGAUAAACGACGCGGACUGGCCAUGGGCAUGAUUAUCUCCGGCACUGGUGUAGGAGGAAUGGUCUGGCCGCCGAUCCUAAGUGCUAUUAUUGACAGCAUUGGAUUCAGAAACGCAUUGAGGAUUGUGGGUUGCGUUUCCGUAACUCUGGUAUCGCUUGCCGGAUACAGCUUGGGAUGGGAGCCGGACUUCGAAAACCAAGUUCGGGUACAGACGCAGGGAAUGAGUCGGGUGAAUGGAUGGAUGAAGAUUCCGCUUAUAAAUUGGCGUGUCGCACGUACGGAACGAUUCAUCGCUCAGGCUUCGGGUUGCUUCCUGCAAUCUGCUGGAUACUCGACGCCCCUGUUCUUCUACGCGGCGUUCGCCAGGGCACUCGGGUAUAGCAACACAACAGCCACGAACUUCAUUACUGUCAGCAAUGCGUCAAACUUUGUGUCUAGAAUCAUAAUCGGCUACGGCGCCGAUAAGUAUGGACGGAUCAAUGCGCUAGCCUUUACGACUCUACUUAGUGCCAUUGCUGUAUUUGCCUUCUGGCUUCCAUCGAUGUUCAAGGAUUCGGCUAUCUCUAGCUCCAGCGCGGACGGACUGUUUAUUACAUUUACGGUUCUAUACGGUGCCUUUGCCAGUGCCUACAUAUCGCUUUUCCCAGCCUCAUUGAUCGAGCUGUUUGGCGUGCAAAAUUACACCAGCGUUAAUGGUUCCUUGUAUCUCAUCCGUGGAAUGGGUGCUUUGAUUGGGACACCGCUAACUGGACUGUUGAUCCCAGAAUCGAAGGCUCUGGUUUCGCCUAUUAGCUACGAGCGAGCAGGAAUAACGGUUGGGGUGUUAUUGUUCGCAGCUACCGUGGCGUGUUUUAUCGUACGGAUCGAAGCAAUGUUGGGAUCACCCUGGCGGUGGAAAAUGUAAUUCAUAUUUAGCACUAAUUCUUCAAUACAGCCUCAGCCGUAAUAUAUACAAUAAGAUCAAACGCCGCG